AACGAGCAUUUGUCCAAGGCUGUCUCAGCAGAACUGGUGGAGACAAUGAUGGCUGGAAUGCUCGCCUUUUCCAAAACAGACCAUGGAUAUAUUUAGCCCAGGAAUGUCAGGCUGAGCUUUGCCUGGUUCCUCUGCAGUCCAACAGGCUUUGAACCAGCCAGGGAGAGCGCCGAUCCGCAGGUAUUGCAGCAAUUUAAGAGAGCCAGCAACAGUGAGGAGGAAUUACACGCCGAGUGGUUAAUUGUGCAAAGAGCAGGGAUGGACGCACGAGACGGUCCAAAGUCCAGCUAGAGAAACAGGAGAGAAGCAAAACAACAAUGCCAGGCUGGGAGGGAAAAGCAGGGCUCAAGACCGGCCUUGACGUGACAAAAGACUUGAUACUGCAACCUCUGGAGCAUCUCUCUGGCUGGAAGACCACAUGAGUUGGCCUGAUUUCGUUGUGGACUAGACGAAGGAUUGGUCGUGAGAUGGAAAAAGCUUUCUUCAGACACCUCUGAGUCAACGGUGUUUGCGCAAACAGGUUCAAAAGCAGCGUCCUGGAUCCCUUCUGUGCUUGCCUUCCUGCUUGCGGAGAAGAAAGGCUGGUUGAGCUGGCUGGGUCAGAUGGCUCCACCUUGCUGGCCAAGCAAGUUGCUGCUUAAAUGCUCUUCAUCCCUGAAAUAAAUCGGAAGGACGUAGCUGUGGGGAGGUAGAGCCCUGGCCUGGGUGAGGAAGAGGCUGCGGAGGGCCGGCAGCAUCCAGAACCUUCAACAGAGGUGCCUGGUGGAACCUGACUCCAGGAACGCCACACCUGGGUGACCUUCUGAGCUGGGAAAAGACUGAGAGGCUUAUGUGGAGCUGCUGGUUGAAAUCCCAGUGCCUAGCCAAGAUACCCAGGAGAAGGGAGAAGGAGAAAGGCGAAGAGCACCAGAGGUGAAAUCUGCUGUAGCCAUGAGAUCAAUCCGAUCGUUUGCUAACGAUGACCGGCACGUGAUGAUGAAGCAUUCGACGAUUUAUCCGUCUCCAGAGGAACUUGAAGCCGUCCAGAACAUGGUCUCCACCGUCGAGUGUGCCCUUAAGCAGGUCUCCGAUUGGAUGGACGAGACAAGCAAGUCUUCUAAGAUGGAGAGCACCUUGGAAGACCAAGAGGAAUCGGCUGAUAGCCGGAGUAGCAAGGAGCAAGGCGGCCGGAUCUUGUGUGGCGUGAUGAGGAUUGGUUUGGUGGCCAAAGGCUUGUUGAUAAAGGACGACAUGGACCUGGAACUGGUCCUCAUGUGCAAAGAGAAGCCCACAGAGACCCUCUUAUCCCUCGUCAAAGACAAUCUACCUGUCCAAAUCCAGAAACUCACAGAAGAGAAAUACCACAUAGAACACCAUCCCGGCGAAGCGGCCGUCGUCGUCCGUAGCACAACGGGGCUCCCGUUAACCCUCAAAGUGACCCUCACCUCCCCACUAAUCCGGGACGAAGCCGAGAAGGAUGGAGUAGACAGUGUCCUGGCGAAAGAGCCUUCGGAUUCACUCAACAGGCAAAAAUGCCUCGACGCUUUGGCGUCUCUGCGACACGCCAAAUGGUUUCAGGCCAGAGCGAACGGGCUCAAAUCCUGUGUGAUUGUGCUACGGAUCCUGAGGGAUUUAUGCAACAGAGUUCCUACUUGGGCCCCCUUGAAAGGCUGGCCCUUGGAGCUGCUGUGCGAGAAAGCCAUUGGCACCUGCAACAGGCCGCUGGGUGCCGGGGAAGCUCUCCGGCGAGUGUUGGAGUGUUUGGCCUCAGGGAUCCUGUUGCCAGGUGGGCCUGGUGUACAUGACCCUUGUGAGCGAGAGCCAACGGAUGCCUUGUUUAGCCUGACUGUUCCACAAAGGGAAGCCAUAACCCAUAGUGCCCAGCAUGCCCUGAGACUCUCGGCUUUUGGCCAAAUCUACAAGGUGCUGGAGAUGGACCCUCUCCCUUCCAAUAAGCUGUUCCAGAAAUAUUCGUGGUCGGGGGCCGACAAAGAAGGCCCAGUUUCCUCUGCCCUCAAGAGGCCUUUCGAAGACGGGUUGGGGGACGAGAAAGACCCCAGUAAGAAAAUGAAGAGGAAUUUGAGGAAAAUCCUUGACAGCAAAGCAAUAGACCUCAUGAAUGCCUUGAUGCGGCUGAACCAGAUCCGGCCCGGCCUGCAGUACAAGCUCCUCUCUCAGUCGGGGCCCGUCCACGCCCCGGUCUUCACCAUGUCCGUGGACGUGGACGGAACGACCUACGAAGCCUCAGGACCUUCCAAGAAGACGGCCAAGCUUCACGUGGCCGUAAAGGUGUUGCAAGCGAUGGGCUACCCCACCGGCUUCGACGCAGACAUGGAAUGCACCAGCUCCGAUGAGAAGUCGGAUACAGAAGGGAAAAAUGAGACUGUGUCUUCAAACACAAGCAAUAAUAAUGGGAAUUCCACGGUUGAUACCUCUGCAACCUUAGAGGUCCGAACUCAGGGUCCCAUCCUCACAGCCAGCGGCAAGAAUCCGGUGAUGGAGCUAAACGAGAAGCGGCGAGGCCUGAAAUAUGAGCUCAUCUCCGAGACGGGAGGAAGCCACGACAAGCGGUUUGUGAUGGAGGUAGAAGUCGACGGGCAGAGGUUCCGAGGGGCUGGCCCCAACAAGAAAGUAGCCAAGGCCAGCGCUGCCUUGGCAGCUCUUGAGAAGCUCUUUUCGGGCCCCAACGCAGCUGCCAACAAGAAGAAAAAGAUUCUCCCACAGACCAAAGGAGGGCUUGUAAACACAGCCAUGUCUGCGGCGGCACGAGGGAGAGGACGAGGGGCUCCCAUGCGGGGGGCGUUUGUCGGGGCAGCAGCGGCCACCAGUUACCUGGCACCAGGAUACGCGGCACCCUACGGAUACAACGCAACCGCUGCCGCCGCCCCGGCUUAUGGCGGCUGUUUCAUUGACAGUCCUUACUGCCAGCCACUUGAUGUGACGCCUUUUAUAAUUCACCUGGGGCCUCAAGAAUACUUCUCUGACUUCUAAAGCAAAAAGGUUGCACAGCUCCAAAGGUGCUUUUCCCCCCCCUUCCCACCCCCACCCGUGAAUUUUCAAAGCAAGAGCUAACAAACCCUCGGACUUUCUCCAGCACCCCAAAAGCAAUAGGCCACCUUCACACACCCCCUCCCCACCCUGGCUCUUGAAAAACCACAGCAAUAGAUGUACGAUAGCGGGUGGGUGGGGGGGAUGUCUUCCGAUGCCCUCUUUACGCUUUGCACUAUGGGCCGGGUGGUAGCCUCCCACCCAGUUGAACUUAGCUAGCUGAACGCUCAGGACGUUACUGAGCCCGACACGGGGAGCGAAAUAACCUCCGUGUUCCUGCCGGUGGAAAUGGCUUGAAGAGCGCGCCUGGCAUGGGCUCAGGUGCCCAAACGAUGCCCUGAAUGAGACGGGCUUUUAAAGCAAUCGUAACCAGGAUAUCCAGCCGAGAGAUAGUCUUAAAGAAGCCCAGCUACCCAAGACGAGGUGAAAGUAUCGUGGCAAGACGGCAGGGAGGGGAAAGCGAGGCGCUGGAAUCCUUGUGAUGGGCUCCUGUGUGUACUCUGUGAUAGAAGCUGCCCCUAGACUGUGCCUUUUAUUACCAAAAGAGGGGUAGGCCUCUACCCUUGAUUAUUUUUGCAGCGAUUGCAGUUUUCCAUCCACCCCAUAGCUGCACCCAGAGACAUUGGUAGGUAAAAUAAGCCGAAAGGCAGAAACUGUAAGCUGAGGUUGCGCAGGCAGAUCGGGAAGGAUGAGGAGCUAAGCGCUAGAGAAUAUUUCCGUUCCUGCAUUUUGCUACCUUGCAACCUCUUUGUACAUGAUGCCAGUUUUGUUUUUUUUUCUCUUCAUGUUCUUCUCGAUGAAAUGUGAUGUAAAUAUUUAAGGCAGCGGUUCUCAACCUGUGGGUCGGGACCCCCUUUGGGGUCGAACGACCAUUUCACGGGGGUCGCCAAACAACGCAGUCUGCCAUUCCCCCCCCCCUUUUCUUAGCUGUGCUA